AUGCGUUCAAUCAUUUCCAUUGCAGUGAUGGCUGUGGUCAGCAGCAUCAUGAUGCAAUCAGCACUAGCAGCUCCUGUUGCAGACACUGAAGCAAUUGCCAAGAGAGAUGAUAGCCUGCUUCGUGGAUUUGGCAUGGGCAUUGAUGGUGUGAUUGUUGGUGUAAAGAGUACCGUAAAUGGUGUUGCCAAUCCUCAGACUCACGGAUCAAGACAAGACACUGAAAGAGCGGCUGCUGAAGCCGGUAGAAAUGUGGGUGGUGCUAUAGGCAGUGCAUUAGUAUUAUAA